AUGAGGGAAGGGAGAGGGGCUCUUGGCACCUGCCUGGCAAAAGUGAAGGAUGACAGAGGAGAAGACUUGGACACAUUAUCCUGUAGCCUUAAGAAAAGAACACAGAAGGGGAGCCCUUGUUCACCUGAUAAACCUUCCUGGAUGAAUAAGCCUGUGAAUGAUGUAAAUGGAGAUUCACACAAUGAGGUGCUAUCAUUGGAAACGAAAGAUGAUCUGAAUGAGGCUGACCUCUUGCUUCACAAUGGCAGCAAAGUGCGCCCAUAUUUGAAAGAAUCAAUAAGAAGAAAUUCAGCUUCAGCAGCCACUCUGAGCAAAGCUGUGGGUCUGUUCUCUGCUCCUGCAGAAGAGCAUUUUGCUGGGGUGCCCUUCAGUGUCGGGGAAGCUCUAUGGAGGGACUGUCUGGGAAGAGGGCCCAAGGCCUCAGACAGCCACAGAGGACAGCGCGCUGAAGGAGAACCUUGGGUGUUUGGACUGCCAUAUCACCAAAAACUGUUGGAAAUGGGGAUUUUAAAGGAUGGACCACUAAGUCCUUUUCUUGAGGGGCGAGGCUCUGAGUUGGAACUGUCUUGCCUGCGUUCUGUCCUGUUUGCAAUGCUGCACACACAUCCAGAAGUACUCCUGAAUGAUGAGACCAAAUGUGUUUCCCUUGACUGGUUAAAGCCCAUGUUUUCAGAGCAAAGAACAGAAUACAAGAAAAUGCUUUCAAGUAUAAAAAGUACCUCAAAUGGUCUGUAGAUAAAACUGGGGUUACUGGUUCUAUGACCUUUUAAAUUAGCAAAUCUGUUAUGCCAUAGUUAAGGUACAAGCAGAAUAAUAAAAAUAGAUUAAUUUUUAAAAUUAUCUUAGAAUAAUUUCUUUCACAUUAAACCUAGAUGCAAGUCCCAAUUUCCAAUGCAGCUGCUAAGUCUCUGCUUUGGUUUGUAUGACCAGACAAAUUUAAGUCGAGUUUAAACUCAGAAAAAACUGGUUGAUGUGGAAGGAAAUUUUUGAGCAUGUUUUAAAUUGUGCUUGAAAGACAUUCAGAAUUGGGAAACCUUUUUAGGAGAAUACUGAUAUAUCCUGUAUAAAUAUCCAAUUAGAAUGUAACGAUUUAACAUGAAGUUCAAUACCCAUUUUAAAGGGCUACUGUCCCAGAUACUGUCUGUCUCUUCAGCUUGUCUCUGAUCACCUAAUGGAAGUGAAUAUUUGUAAAGUCAACCCUGCUGUACUUUUAUGAAGCCUUGCUGAGUUUACAGAGAACUGUUGCCAUUUCUGCAUUUUGUAGAAUAAUUUUGGUGUGCAGCAAAAUUUGUUUUCUUACACCCCUUUCCUUCCACUUGAGAUGUGAUUUAGAUGGAGGCCCUAUGGUGAAAGUUGCAAUAUUAAACUUACCUUUAGAAUAAUCCUUUCUCAAACUAGGAACACUAGUAGUGUUACCUUAAAUAAAAAUGAACUUGAGACUAUUUGAGGUAGCUCAGUUACAAAGAAGCAAUUCAAGUAUUUCCCUUAUAAAAUCUCCCAGGUCUAGGGAUUGUUUCUUUUACACCAAGAUUUUUCUGAGGUAACUCCUUUUUAUUGUUUGUUGAUAACUUUAAUAAAGAUAAAGGUCAUUUAAGAGUAAGUUUUUAAGGACUCCCAAAGUGAGACUUAAAAUAGCCAUUUUGGGGGAUUAUUGAUUGUAUAUAUCAGUUAAUAUUGUGUGCUAAAUUACUAUGCCAUGUGCUAUUUUAGUGCUUUGGGAAAAUGAAUAAUCUGUUCUUUAGCAUAAUAAACAUGUCUUAU